CUCCAAACAUCCCGCGUGUAAAAGUCCACAGUGUGUGCGUUUGAGAUACUUAAAGAUAUGGAUAGAAAGCGCUUUACUUCAUCUAUAUUCUUUUUAACCGUCACGAUAUGUAGGUCAUUAAAAGCCAUCGUUUAUAGACACAGCAAAGUGAGUAAACAUCAGCAGAACUGUUAGCAGUUGACACAUUUUCUGGAUCAAAGGCAUAAGUAGUCAAAUGAGGAUGUGAUUCAUUUUAGGUGAACUAAUGCGCGGCCAUUUUGGGUGUACCAUGCAGCGUUGUGUUCAAUGGGAAACUUAAAUAUAUUGUCCUUACACAAAUGUCGUUCUUUUGACUAGUAAUGCCUUGUUGCGUCAUUUUUGUGCGUCUUUACACGAGUAACAUCCGUUCUGUCCACAUUCUAGUGUGUGUACAUGAUGAUUUAACGUGAGACAUGGCACCUUUAAAACAAAACGCUAAAAGUAAAGGUCGGAUUAGAGGAAAACAGUUUAAUAAGAAGUUCCAACAUGGUGGUUUGUCUCAAAACGCAAAAAGGAAACGAAAAUGGGUUCCGGAGGACAAGGUUUUUGAUGGUAGCUUAAAAGAGGGUCAGGGAUUUGCCUUCAAAAGGAAGGAGAAGGUAAAACACGAAUACAACAAACUUCUUCGAAAGGAGAGGAAGAGAAGGCAAGAAUCAAAAGUCCAGUUAGAGGAAGAAUAUCCUGAGCAUCUGAGACAUCUUUACCUGGCUGAAAGAGAACGACUAGAUGAAGAAGAACAGGAGAAGAAGAAGAAAAGAUGUAGAGGGAGAGCGGUAGAGGACGAAAUAGAGGACGAUGAUGAUAAACUAAACAUGGAUUUGGGUUCUUCUAGCAUUGAGAAAGACAUUACAAAUACAUCGACUGAUCAAACUACUGCUCCUGAUUCAUCUAAUGAACCAGCACAGCCUGAAAGCUCACACAAGGCCCAGUUUUUCCAAAGGAAACAGAAAACAUCAUCAUAUCAGAAGACUAAGCAAGAAUAUGAGAGGAUAAAAGAGGAGCGUGCACGAAAAAGAGAGGAAAUCUUAAAAGACAAAACUCAGCGGGAAGAGGCUUUGAAGAAAUACAAGGAAAAGAAAAUAGCCACAUAUCAGUUGUUGAAAAGAAAAACCAAGAAAGGACAGCCCAAUCUAAACCUGCAGAUGGAGCUUCUGCUGCAAAAGAUUCAAGCUCAGCGUAAAUAAUCCGGUAUCUGCCACUUAAUGAGACUGUUUAAGGUUUGAAGCAUUUUUGAAGCACAAGUAUCAAUGGAACAUGGCACAAUAAACUUUUAUUUGUAUCACAA